CUUCACGCACUAAAAUACACACACAGCAGACGCAAAGCAACCCAGAAUAAACACGCGACGCAAUACAAGCGGUUUCCCCCCAAUCCGUGCUUCCUGCGUCUUCGUCGAAAAGGAUAGGCCCUCCGCCCCAAAAUUCCCCGAAUUAGAUCGCGCCAGGAUCAGAAGUUCGUCGUCCAAUCCGUGCUCUGCUGCUGCAUCUCGAUUUCUCUCCGACUUUGAGUAGCUGUUCUUUGAGUUUCGUUUGAUUUGUUUGUUGGAAUUUGGAGCCCCGAAUGCGUCGACUUCAUCUCGCCGAGAUCAAAUUCUGAACCCGAAUUCGUCCGUCCUCUUCCCCAAUUUUGUGGGUAGCUAGAGGUCUUGAGUUCCCCGGCGUUUAGAGCUCGUCGGAGGCGUCCCGGAUUCUGGCCACCAUGUCGCUGUCGGCGAUUUCCCUGUACACCAGCCCGCCGGGCUCCGUGUACUCCUCGGAUUUCGAUCCGAGCAGCUCCCGCGGCUCGCCGCCGUGCAGCACCGCGCCGCCGUCCACCACCUCCCACCGCGCGUCCGCCGUCGCCGGCGGCCUCUCCUGCCUCUUCUCCUCCCCGGCCGCGGCCGCCUCGCCGCCCCGCGCCCCGCCGCACGACGACCUGUGGCACGACGGAUCCGACGACCUCAGCUUCGGCGGCGGCUACUCCCACUCGCCGUCGCCGCUCAAGCGGCGCGACCUCCACCACAGCCCCGUGUCGGUGUUCCAGGGCCCGUCCUCCUCGCCGGCGUCCCGCGGCGCGUCGGCCUCCUGGCUCACCGGCCGCGAGCGCGACCGCCUCUUCUCCGGCUUCGUGCGCAACGCGCUCGGCUCCUGCAUCGACUACGUCCCGGCCACCAGCCCGCGGCCCGAGGUCGGCGGCGGCGAGCUCGCGUUCGAGCUCGACGAGAACCUCGCCGAGGCCAGCCCCGCCUGCGAGCCCUACGCCCGGGAGCUCCUCGCCGGUGCGCAGGCUCGCCACCGCAUCUUCCACGAGGAGCUCGUCGUCAAGGCCUUCUUCGAGGCCGAGAAGGCUCACCAUGGACAGACUCGGGCGAGCGGUGAUCCGUUCUUGCAACAUUGUGUGGAGACGGCCGUGCUACUGGCCAAGAUCGGGGCCAGCGCCACGGUUGUCUCUGCUGGGCUCCUACACGACACCAUCGAUGAUUCGUUCGUAGACUAUGAUCACAUCUUCCACAUGUUCGGGGCUGGAGUGGCUGAUCUCGUGGAAGGGGUCUCGAAGCUGAGCCACUUGAGCAAGCUUGCUCGUGAUAACAACACGGCAAGCAGAACUGCGGAAGCGGAUCGCUUGCAUACAAUGCUCCUCGCUAUGGCUGAUGCACGGGCUGUUCUAAUAAAGUUAGCAGAUCGUGUGCAUAACAUGAACACUUUAGAAGCCCUGCCUCUGGUCAAACAACAAAGGUUUGCUAAGGAGACCAUGGAGAUCUUUGUGCCUUUGGCCAAUCGGUUGGGGAUCGCUAGCUGGAAAGACCAGCUUGAAAAUCUCUGCUUCAAGCACUUGAACCCGGAAGAGCACAAGGAGCUGUCAUCGAAACUUACAGAAACCUUUGACGAAGCGCUGAUCACAUCUGCUGUGGAUACAUUGGAUGAAGGUCUGAAGGAUGCGGGUGUCUCAUAUCAGAGUCUUUCUGGAAGGAACAAAAACCUUUACAGUGUUUACUCCAAGAUGCUCAAGAAGAAUCUAACAAUGGAUGAAGUUCAUGAUAUCCAUGGCCUGCGCCUUGUGGUCGAGAAGGAGGAAGAUUGCUACCGAGCACUGGAUGUUGUCCAUAAACUCUGGCCCCAAGUAGAUGGAAGAUUUAAGGACUACAUAUCGCGUCCAAAAUUAAAUGGGUAUCGUUCAUUGCACACUGUUGUCAUGAGUGAGGGCGAUCACCCGUUCGAGGUCCAGAUCCGUACAAAGGAGAUGCACCUGCAGGCCGAGUACGGGUUUGCCGCGCACUGGAGGUACAAGGAAGGCUCUUGCCGGCACUCCUUCGUGCUUCAGAUGGUGGAGUGGGCGAGGUGGGUGCUUACGUGGCAAUGCGAAGCAUUGAACAAGGAGCAGUCCUCGUCCCGAGUGAAGAGCGAGACCAUCAGGCCGCCUUGCCCGUUCCCCUUGCAUUCGGAGGAAUGCCCCUACUCGUAUACCCGCCAGUGCAACCACGACGGUCCAUUGUUCGUCAUCCUCUUGGAGCAUGAUAAGAUGUCUGUCCAGGAAUUCCCAGCCGGCUCAACCGUGAUGGACCUGAUGGACCGAUUUGGCGCCAACUGUCAAAGGUGGAGCCCCUACAGGGUGCCCAUGAAAGAAGACCUGCGGCCGAAGGUGAACCAUGAGCCCAUAAGCGACCUGGGAAUGCCGCUGAGCAUGGGGGACGUGGUGGAGCUGACCCCGGCGCUGCCCAACAAAUCACUCACCAAGUACCGGGAGGAGAUCCAGCGCAUGUACGACUGCGGUGGCUUCGCCCUCGCUGCCACCCGCAGCGGCAGCGGCGGCUCGAGACGAUGACUGACGGCACUCGCUGGUGUUUAACAACCUGUCUGUACCAUUAUUGUACAAUGUUGCCCAACCCAUUCAAUUCGUUGUAAAUACGUAGUCUCUGAUUCAUGGCGGCCAUGAGGGCUGUAGGAACACCCCCCCGGAUGCAGUGGGGGUCCAGCCUGGCUGCGACGUGUACUGAUACUCCAGCUGAAUGAUGUAUAGACAAUUCAAGUCCGAUUCGGCUGCUCCCA